AUGCUCAAACCACAAGGUGGGGGGUGGGGGGGGGGGGGGACUAUAAAAUAUGAAGAGAAGAGAAUUAUAGACAAGUCAAGACUUCAUGUACAGGGGAAAGACUUCAUGUACAGGGAAAAGAUUUCAUGUACAGGGGAAAGACUUCAUGUACAGGGGAAAGACUUCAUGUACAGGGGAAAGACUUCAUGUACAGGGGAAAGACUUCAUGUACAGGGGAAAGACUUCAUGUACAGGGGAAAGACUUCAUGUACAGGGGAAAGACUUCAUGUACAGGGGAAAGACUUCAUGUACAGGGGAAAGACUUCAUGUACAGGAGAAAGACUUCAUGUACAGGGGAAAGACUUCAUGUACAGGGGAAAGACUUCAUGUACAGGAGAAAGACUUUAUGUACAGGGAAAAGACUUCAUGUACAGGGGAAAGACUUCAUGUACAGGGGAAAGACUUCAUGUACAGAGGAAAGACUUCAUGUACAGAGGAAAGACUUCAUGUACAGGGGAAAGACUUCAUGUACAGGGGAAAGACUUCAUGUACAGGGGAAAGACUUCAUGUACAGGGGAAAGACUUCAUGUACAGGGGAAAGACUUCAUGUACAGGGGAAAGACUUCAUGUACAGGGGAAAGACUUCAUGUACAGGGGAAAGACUUCAUGUACAGGGGAAAGACUUCAUGUACAGUGGAAAGACUUCAUGUACAGGGGAAAGACUUCAUGUACAGGGGAAAGACUUCAUGUACAGGGGAAAGACAUCAUGUACAGGGGAAAGACUUCAUGUACAGAGGAAAGACUUCAUGUACAGAGGAAAGACUUCAUGUACAGGGGAAAGACUUCAUGUACAGGGGAAAGACUUCAUGUACAGGGGAAAGACUUCAUGUACAGGGGAAAGACUUCAUGUACAGGGGAAAGACUUCAUGUACAGGGGAAAGACUUCAUGUACAGGGGAAAGACUUCAUGUACAGGGGAAAGACUUCAUGUACAGAGGAAAGACUUCAUGUACAGGGGAAAGACUUCAUGUACAGGGGAAAGACAGUGUUCUUCAUGUACAGGGGAAAGACUUCAUGUACAGGGAAAAGACUUCAUACGGUCGUUUAA